UAUAAGGCAACUUCCUAUGUUCCUACCUAUGUACUUUCAGAGCUGCCAAUCAGUGCUGGCAGUACUGCACUAGAUGGACCAAUGGUCAAACUCAGGAGAAGGGCAGCUUCCUAUGUUCCCCUGCACCUUCAGAGGAGGUGGAUGUUGACCAGGGAUGUAAUCAGAGAUAAUGGGAUAGAAGCUGGCAACUUAGUUCUUUCUGCUCAGGAGGUUAAUAGGCAAAGGUCAGUCCUGACAGUUCCUCUUGCUAACAAAGAAGCCAGUACAGCAGAUAUGGUUUCUGGUCGCUUGCCCCUGUUGCAUUUGAGGAGAGAAACACAAAACUCAAUCAUGUACGGAUGGGAAACAUGAGCCCAUGUAUGGUAGGGUUUGCACUCAGGAUGAUUUAAUUACCAGCCAACUGAAAACCCAUGAAAGGCAUUAAGGUUAUAGGAACUCUGGAUCAGCAGUUCCUUGUGCUUUCGUUCACCUUGUUCUUCUGAUCACAGGAAUGUCUGUGAAAAUCCCACAUAUAGGAAUUGGCUGCUCCCCCUGGUGCUGUUGCCUUCCUUUCCUCAAAGCACUCACAGCGCAUAAUAAUGGUUGUCACGGAAGAGCACGGCUUUUGCAUGAGGAAUAAGACAAAGAGCAGAAGAAAUGAUUUCUAGUAUAGUUCAGGGCACAGAUUUUCCACCUCUGUUUUAUAACUUGGCUAAGUUACCGGUAUGCGUUGAUCUGGGUUGCCUUUGCACAGCAGCACUGGGCUUAUUUUUUGUCUUCCUGGUGCUCCCUAGCAGGUAAUGAGGCACAUAUGUCAAGGGGUUAAUCAUCUGUUUUUAGUUACCGCUCUCCAGGUAGCUGAUGCAUUUUUCAGAGAUGUGUUGCUAAAAAUAGGUGUGAUUAUUGACCCCCUGGCCUCCACACACCUUGUAUGGCAUUGGCUUGCCAGGUGGGGAGCAUCAUGAAGACAAAUAUAGCCCCCCUCCCCAAGGCAGCAACCUUGGGGGUUUAGAACAAAAUAUCUGGUGUCUUGAGCCGAUGCCUUUUGCACAGCCUUUCCAAAAGCACAUUUUCACAUUCAAGGGAACCUUAGCAAUUCUGUACCUAGAGAUGAGGGGCUUUGCUCCUCAACUGCAGUGCAAAGGUAGCUGGCGAAAAUAACGUGCUUGGUUUUCAAAUCCUAAGCCUGAUAUUAGGAGCACACAUGGUGUGUGAUAGCCUAGCAUGAUGCGUGCAGGGCAGGGCAGUUAAUCCGCUGAGAUCCACAAGGAUCUCUGUUCCAGCAAAUAACAACUUGCCAUGAGUUCGUAGCACAGAUACUGGAACGGUCUGCAGCUCCUUUGAAGGCAUGAGACUAUUUCACACAGUGGAAUCUCAGGAAUUAGGGAUGGAUUAUUAUGGCCACGGCUACAUUUUUCUUGGAAAUAAAGGCCUUUUAAAACAGCCAAUAUCCUUUAGAGAAAUCCCACCGGUCCAAGGGAGAAAGCAGUCUGUUCCAAAAAAACUGGCUUGUUUACACCCUUCCCAAUACCUUCAGGAAUCCUUAACAUACUUCCCUGGGCAUUAUGGAGUCCAGAAAAAGCCCAUAAGGGCUCCUUUUAGAUGACUUAUUUGCUGAGCAUUCUUCCUGAUUGGUUUGCACAAAGUUUACAAGGAUUUUAAAUUAUAUCCAGGCUUUGCUGAGCAUUUAUUCUGAUUAAUUUGCAGAGCGUUUAUACGUUCAUCCCACAUGUUUCAAUGCAUGAUAACGUCAAGAUUGUAGGUUGAAUCCCUGUAUGAGAUGGCUGCGUAUUCUUGUAUUGCAGGGGGUUAACUAGAUGAUCCCCAGGGUCCCUUGCAACUCUAUGAUUCUAUGAUUUCACCUUCACUUUCCUAACUGCAAAAAGUCUGUUUCUUUUUUAAAGGUGACUUGUGCAAGGGUGUCAGAGCACUUUAAUCCACUUUAAUUGCUCAAACCUGAAUUUCCUGGUAUGGGCCCCACUAUCAGUUUUUCUAGAAUGCCAUGGGGUUCAUAGAUGCAAUGCUCUACUCUACCAUUCAUGCUAGCUCUUGGAAAUAACUGUAAAACAUCUCUAUUGCCCCAAAUAGUCAAGGAUUGAGGAAUUGCCCCCUCCCUGCUCCGAAAUCUGCAACCAGCAACCACAUCAAUUGCUGCCAUGCUGUUUUGGUUGAAAGUACCAAGCAGCCCAUUAUUAGGCCAAAUUUGAUGCUUAUGCUUCGUGUGACACACCCAUCUACGUUUCUACCAGUCAGUCAUUGUCCUGGAAAAAGUAUAUCUACAACUGCGAGAGAAAUUGCUGGCUCCAAGCUACAAUUCCCUUUGCGCUCUCUCUCUCUCUCUCUCUCUCUCUCUCUCUCUCUCAUGUCUGCAUGUGGCAUACAAUGAUACAAGACUGUGGUCAGACAAGGUUUUGCAGGGGUCAGACCUCUUGCUUCUUUGAGGUUUGGUUCAGGCACUUGUCUCAGGGCUCUUCCAGACUGUCUUUUGUGCUAUUUUUUUAGGCACAUCUCUGGCCUUGAAAGUGCCCUGUCCGAGCAUUUUACUGCUGAAUCAGAGCAAAUAGCAAUUAGGUUUUCUGCAGAUUGCCAUUUGCUCCAAUUCAGUAGUAAAAUGCAGAUUUUCCCCAGGGAAAGCACCGGGGCCAAAAGAACAAAAGCUGCUCGGACACAGAGUUUUAUAUCAUGGGCCUGUGCCUGGAGAGUGCAGUGCAAAAGGAAGUCUGGACCAGCCCUCAAUCAAUACCAGAUCUUAUUAGGGCUGCCAAAUGGAUGAGGGGCAUAAAUGAAAGCAGCCGAGCAAAAGGAACAAAGGAAAGUGUGUGACAAGAGCACAGAGUCAACAAAGAAGUGCAAUGAACCUAGAUGGCGAAUCCAAGCAACAGCUGAACACUCUCUUUACUUUUGCUUAAGCCGUGCCCAUUCUGCUCAAAAAUUUCACAAUUCAUGCUAUCAUGGUUGUUGCAGAGUAAGAGACGUCAGUCUCAGGGAGGUAAAGUCUUCCAAGAGCAUUGGCCCGCUGUCAUCACAUAAGUGGGUGACAAAUGGAGGAACGCAGGAAGCUGCUUUGUACUGAGUCAGAGCAUUCAUCCAUCUAGCUUGAUAUUGACAGCCACUUCUCUAAGGUUCCAGGCAUUGGGACAUUCCUAGGCCUACCUAGAGAUGCCAGCAGUUGAACCUGGGACCUUCUUCCUGCAAGGCUGAGGCUCUGCGACUGAGCUACAACCAAUUUCAGCCAGAGUCUUUAAAAUCUCAAAGCAGCUCUUUUCUGUUCUUUACAACAUGCUUCUCUGCCGAGGAGGUUUCUGUUCCCAUCUCGUUCUUGUAUCUGCCCUGUUUCACCUACUCAAGUCACCCAGUCAGACCACUUCUUACUGUGAUGGGCUGGUGCUAGCAGAAACACAAAUAUACUCUGCCAUUAAAUACCUUCUAUAAUUAGUAACUCGAUUUCUAAAAUGAAGUGAAAAAUGUAGUGUUCCCUCUUGUUUGCUCACUAGAUGCUAAAAUCUUGUUCCAUGACCUGACAGGGCCAUGCCCUCUGUUUCCAAGAAGACUUAAUAAGGUAAUGUUUAGGAUGUUACUAUCUUUACAGCCCUUGUCUUAUUGCAACUGUGUAAAAUAAAACAAAACAUUCUGAGUGAAGAAGAAUUUCAACAGAGUUCAUUUUUUAAAAUUUUGUUUCUACACAAAUGUACCAGAACAAAACUCUAUUGUAAUCCAUCUGGGCUUGGCGUCUCCAUCAACCAUGAUUGCCUCUCCUCCUGCCUCCAUAACCAUUAAUCUUCCUGACUUGAUUGUGGUUGCCUAUGAACAGCUUUCAGUUUGAAAUCCAGGCAUGUUUUAUCACUCCCAGUUCCUGGAUUCCAUAAGAAGCUGUUUGGUUCUUUCAAGCAAAAGAGUCUUGCAGCAAUUGAUGUGGACACAGGCUUUGGAACAGGGAGAGAGGGGUCCUCAAAUUUUGACCAUUUUGGGCAAUGGAGAUGAUUGUACAGCCAUUUUUAAGAGUUAGGGCCUCUGAAGACAUCCCUUUUUAUUGUGCAUUCAUGAUAUUUGGUGCUCAUGAUAUUAUCAGGACAGUCAGAUAUGAUUUAACUUUCAAUACUAUUUGCGCCUGCAAAAGUUUUGUGGCUGUCAUAUUGCUUCAUUUCCAGUCAGUGUAUAUCCUAUAACAUCCUGCUGUGGUCCUGUAACUUUUCAUACCACAAAUGUCCAGGGUUGUGUGUUUAUGUGUGUCCCACUUUUGUUGUACUCUAGCCCCUCCAGACAACAAUGAUGUGGUAGCACUUGGAAAAUAUCACAGAACAACCAAAGAAGCAGAGUAAAUCCACCACUGAUGCACUAUUAUUGUGUCAAUAGCAUAGUUGCAGAAUAUACCUGAAAUAAAACUUGCCUUUAGAAAGGUGGAAUGGCAGAGCAGAGCUUGGGAUCUGUGAAGCCCUUGGCUUUCUGUUGGUUCCCACCAUUCACCAUGAUGGUCUCCAUCAUUCAGCAUGGCUGACAAGGAGCUGUGUGACCUCCUCGGUCCCUAAGUCUGCACAGCUGGUUUACUAGGCUUCCCAUGGAGGGGAGAGAUCUGGAGGGAAAUGUGUCUGUGUUUCCUGGUAAUGCCUUCCAGUUCUGUACCAGGAAGACAAGAAGCUGCCAUCGAGAUAAGACCAAGGUGGACCAUGUUUGCUCUUUAUGGAUCUGGUUUAAGUCAGUCUCCUUUGGCCUUCCUCUCCAGUCCUGUCAAAGUGAAGCAUUACCCCUAACGAUAAGCUUCCCGAAUGGUUGUGUAUCUUGAGGGGCGCUGCUACUGCUGCUGGAAUGUCAAGCGCUCAUGCUCAGACAGUCUGCUCCUGCUGUGAGUUGGCUUAGAAGCUGUAAUGCAAAAAGCCUGCUAGUUGCUCCUGCCCAGUGCUGGAGAGCCAUAUGCAUCUGAUUCUGACCUCCUCAGCUAAUGGUGUCUGAACAUGUUUCAGUGCAUUAGGACAGGGCCAAUCAGAAACUGUGAAGGUUCCUGGCCGUCUGCCUUCAUGACAUAGCUCUGCCAGUUAACACCUGUCCUUUCAUCUACCACCUUGACAACAUACUUAAUUAUUCCAAACUUAAAAUGUCACGGCGUUAUUUUAAUAUGAUUGAGGGCGGAAAGUUUGUUUUGCAUCCUUUCCCAAGUUGUGCUUGUGGCAGGUGCCCUGUCAUCACCCUUCCUAAGUUAUAUUACUGGGUAGCUUUGGAGCUUGGCUACAUGUUAGAGAAUUGCUAUGCAUUCCCCUAAGGGUGAAUAGACUUUCCCUAUAGCCUAGCAAAGAAAUGGUACCUUCUAAGCCAGUGGUGGAGAAACUGGCCUUCCAGAUGUUGGCUGGCUCCAACUCCCACCAACCCCAGGCAGCAUGGCCGAUGGUCAUAUCUGGAGGGCCACGAGUUCCCCCUCCCUGUUCCAGGUAGAUCAUACAACUAGCACUUAGAGAAGAUUCUACUGGAGGAAGUGCUGCAAUUCACUUAAGUUUACACACACAGGCCUAAUAAGGAAAUAUAGCCAAUGCUGCUUUAUAAAGACUGAAGCACAAUUAUCUUAUUUUGGACAGGCCACUGAAUGCAAGGCAAGUUAUUCUUAUUGUGUCCAACUUGCUAUUUAAUUUAGUGUACAUCUGUCUCCAGAGCUGCUGGUUCAGAAUUUUCCCCCAGCAUACUAUAUUCAACAGCAGUUACAAAAUGUGAAAUGUUAUUCCUUCCCCAACAUGUUUUUGUGUAUGAGCAGACAUAGGCAGUAGGCUUGUUUUCAAUGUACCAGGGCAAGCUUCUGAGAGAGGAGAACCAAGCACAGGAUACGUCUGUGUCUGUGCACGCACAUCGGUCCUGUGAACCCAGACAGAAACCACAGGCCCUGAUAAGGAAAGCCUCCUUCUUGUAACUCCGAGUCAUUGUACAAACACAUUACACUUGCAGCGCCUGAACCAGCCACAUAACACCAGCUGAGGGUGGAUUGUUUAGUGAUAAGCUGGAGUUUCUUGGCCCAUAUAUUACCUGAAGCAGCUGAAACAAGAAUCUGGCUUCCCUUUUAAAAUAAUAGCAAUAAUAAUAAUUGCAUGAGCUGCCAAGAUUAAAUGAGUGGCGAGUGGCAUGAUUAAUGAGUGCAGCAAGGUCAACAUACCCUUGCAAGGUCACAUUCAGAAUACGGCUGUGAGUUUUAUACUAAAUUGAAUCUGCGCGCGCACACACAACUAGAGUGUUACGUCAGCUUAAAAAGUAUUCCUGUUUGCUGCACAAACAUGGGAGGUUUGCCCUUGUCAAUUUCCUAUAGGUCCUUCGUACCACUGUUAUUGACUACAAGCCUUAAAUACCAUAGAAGCAUAGAACUAUAGAGUUGGAAUGGACCUCCAGGGUCAUCUAGUCCAACCCUCUGCAAUGCGGGAAUCUCAACUAAAGCAUCCAUGACAGACGGCCGUCUGACCUCUGCUUAAAAACCUCCAAUGAAAAAGAGUCCAUCAGCUUCUGAGGAAGUCCGUUCCACUAUCAAACAUCUCUUACUGUCAGAAAAUUCCUCCAGAUGUUUAGUCGGCAUCUCCUUUUUCGUUUCUUGAAUUCAUUGGUUUGGUCCUACCCUCUGAAGUAGGAGAAAACAAGCUUGCCAGCCCAACUGCUGGACAGGAUAACAAGGCUCACCUUAGUAAUGAGACUACUCAGUUUAUCCUUCUCUGAAAGGCAUUGCUGGUUUUGAGCCAAUAUGAUCCUCCUCAUAUGCAUAGCCACAGCCAUGCACAGAAAGGGUUUCUUGUGCUAGUGUUGAGACCACCAGUCAAUAGGACUGCUCCGGAGGAAGAUUCCUUGAGGGGUUUGCCUAAUAGGGCAGUUGUCAAACAUUGCCCUCUAGUUCUUUGAAAUGGCUGGGCAAGUUGGGUGCAGAGUGUGUCUAGGUCCAUUAGCUGCAACCCGUUCCCCAAGAGACAGUGUGAUUUGUUUUGGCAGAAGAUGACUAAGAGGGGAGCUUAACAAUCCAUCUCAGAAAUCCCUGGGUGACAACUUAAUGGUUUGAAAUGAGUGCCAGGUACAGGCAUAGAAGUAAAUGUUAGGGUUUUGGGAGCCGUAAAAUCUUUCUGCAGUCAGUCUUGGCUGGCCUUGCUAAGGGUGUGGCCAAACUCCACUGGGCAGACAGGACCAAUUAGGGAAGGAUCUGAGGGCUUUGUUUAGACUGGUUUGAAAGCAAAGCUCGAAAUGCCCACAAGGCCUACAAGAAACAUGUGUAACUUGUGAGUUGACCCAUCAAGCCAAAGGUGUCCCACGAGAAAAGGAUGGUAUUUUUCUGUUGUGAACCACCCUGGGUCUUUGGAUAAAGGGUGGUAUACAGAUUUAAAUAAAAACAGACAACAACAACAACAACAACAACAACAACAACAACGUGUCUUCAUAACUUUCCUGUUUUACUCAUUUCUUUUGAACAAAGACAUGGGCAUUGCCAAGUCCUUGGAAGGUCAGAUGAAAUUGCUGGUGGUGUGUCUGGGACAUGGCAGACAGUCCAAAAGGAAGGCUCUGAGGUGGGUCAAGUCUGGUUGAGACAUCAUGAUAAAUGGGAACCAUGUUAUCAUGGUAUUGUCUUUCUUGCUUAAACUUCUGAUCAAAUGACUAUAUGAAGUUAGUACAAUCUGCCAAGUCCUGUUGAUUCGGCCUGAAGUUUCCCAUCCCUGAAGUAAGGAGAGGAAACUGUUGGUGUGACAAAUGGGUAGUAUCUAAAUGAGAAGGGCACGGCCAUGGCUAGUAUUUGGCACACUCUAGGACCCAUGUCUCUGAUGCACAUCACAGCACUCUCAAGCACAGCACUACUGUGCACAGAUCUGCAAAGGGCAGAACUAGCUUGACUACCAUGCUUCUCAAUAACUUGCCCAUCCAUCUGAUCCAAUUUGUCUUCCCUCAAAUUGCACAUUAGCUUGUCCGUCCCGUCUUUACUGUCACAAAAUUACACUGCCUCCUGAACUGUACUUGAGCUACACUUUUGUAGACAAGUCUACAGCUGUGCAUGCUUGCUUGUGUCCUUGUCUAUUUGAUCUUUGAUAAAGAUCAUCAAAGGAAGUCCAACCCCCAUCCUGUAUUUCUGCAGCGACAGUGAUAAUUCACAGGCUUCCAAGCCAUUAUUUCUGAACAAAUCAAACUGCAACUUCAAAAGGAGAAGGGAGACAUAGUCUGGACCAUUUCCCUAUGUGCACACAAAACAAAUACCUAUGGACCAGGUUUCACAAUAUUGCUUGCCAGCCUAAUUUGUUUCAGGAACAUUAUGGAGAUUGGCAAUCUUCUAGCUGUCUGAACAUCAGGGCCUAGUCAACUCUGAUUCCUGUGGCAGCUGGAUUUCAGGAUGUCACACAUAUCCCUUUUAAUUUUACUUUAUUGCUGAGUGAUGUAGGUGGUGCCUAUCUUCCUUUGGAAACAAAUGUUAAACCACACAGGGAGCACUGGCGUGGAAAGGAUGCUCUGGAAGGGUUAGGUGAGAUGGUUGAAUUCAGCCCAGGGUCCCCUGGGAAUGCUGCAGCUGCGUGGCCAUGACACUCUGCAGUAACUUUGCCCCAAAAGGGAAUAUCUGCAAAGGAGUAGCAGCUGUUAUAUACUAUUGGAUCCAGGGAGGGUUUUCCCACUGUCAUCUCCUUCAAGGCAGCUGGCACACCACCUCAUGGAAAUAUGCAUUAACCCCACCUUGAAUCCACCCAGGCAUGCCACCAACCCAGCUAGUUUUCAUCAGCCAUGAAGGGCAAGGGUCAAGAGGAGAAAUCAUUGGAUGCAUGCUCACAAGCACAGCAUCAUCUGCAAAAAUUGCAAAACUGAAACUGAUUCCACAAAGCUUGACUUGAUGGGGCAUUGAAUGAUCCCUGCCUGAACCUCUGGAGAGCUGCUGCCAGAGUAGACCAGAGGUACCCAAAAUGGUGCCCUCCAGAUGUUGCUGGACUACAACUCCUAGCACCCCUAACCAUUGGCUAUGAAAGCUGGGGCUAAUGGAAACUGGAGCCCAUAAAAACCUGGAGGACACAGUGUUGGCUACCCAGUAAACAAUACAGGUGUAGAUGGAUUCACCAGGUACGAGGCAGCAUCUUACGACUUUAGACAUGGGUUGUGUGCAAGGCGCCCCCAUUAUUGGUGCUCGCUUAUGCACAUCUUAUGCUUCCUACAAGCAAGCAUUGUAUCACAGUUUUCCUUGGCAGCUGCAAGUAACAUGGGGUGUGGUUGGGGAAAGUAGGCCAGGAGAUGCAGGAAGCAGGACGGAAGUUUCUGUGUGCAAUCAUUCACACUGGCUAAUUUCCCACCAGGUGCUUGGGAUCAAGGAACUAGAAACAAAGACACACAGAAAGGAAGAACAAAAUGGCUGUUAG